AUGCAUCACUUCACCAAGUCUCUCAAAGCAUCCGAUCGAAGACAAAAGAAAUAUCUCCUGGCAGCAACAAUGAUGCUCAGCAAAGUUGUGAUGGGUCUGCUCACUGUCAGCCUGGCAGCAGCUCAUAUGGAAAUGAGUUGGCCUUAUCCUCUUCGCAGUCGCUUCGACCCACAGGUGCCUGAGGAGGAUAUCGACUAUUCGAUGACCAGUCCUCUGGACAGCGAUGGUUCCAAUUUCCCCUGCAAAGGAUACCAGACCAAUACUCCCUGGCGCGCAACCGCACAGUAUACCGCCGGUCAGACAUAUAACAUGACCAUAACCGGCUCCGCAACCCAUGGAGGUGGCUCUUGCCAGCUCUCUCUGAGCUACGACAAUGGCAAGACAUUCAAAGUCAUUCAAUCCAUGGAAGGCGGAUGUCCACUUGUGUCCAGGUAUAACUUCAAUAUACCUAGGGACGUCGCUAACGGCCAAGCCCUCUUUGCUUGGACUUGGUACAAUUUGAUCGGCAACCGGGAGUUGUACAUGAAUUGCGCAGAUGUGGUUAUCAGCGGAGGUACUGGCAGUCCAUCAUCUUUUGAGAGUGCUUAUCCGGAUCUGUUCGUCGCGAAUGUUGGUAAUGGCUGUUCCACUGUCGAAGGACGGGAGACGGUCUUUGCCAACCCAGGUGAUCAAGUCAUUUAUGGUGGUACAGUCACUCCAUCAAGCCCUGCAUUUCCUAUUUGCCAUUGA